CACACACCCUCACGAACAGUCAGAGCAUCAGGAGACCGGGAAGCUUCACUACUUCAUGGCUUAAUUUUUUAAAAAGGAUCCUUGUAAUUACAUGUCUCCUAGCCAUCAGAAGAGGACUGAGACAGCAACGGUUAUAAUCAACUGUUUCAAGUUUUUGAUAUUUAAAAAAAUUAAGUUUUCAGGAAAAUCCUGAUGCUUUCCGGAAGAUGACUUGCAAAUUCGCAAAAAAGAGCAAAUAAUCUAACAGCUCCAGAUCAAAGAACCUCAUGAAGACUUAUUUCAAGUUGUUGAUAUAAAAAGUGGAAGUUUUCAGAAAAGCCCUGGUAGUUUCAGUUCUGAAGAACAUCAGAGCAGGGCGUGUGCCUGCGGGCCCCCAGCCAGGAUUGCCAGCAUUCUUUCCUGGAGGAAGAAAGUUGCAGCUUUGAUAUGAAUGAACAAGAAAAUCUACCUGAAAUGACCAAAGACUGGACCAAAGAACAUGUGAAACAAUGGGUAACCAAAGACCUUAAGAUUGAUGAGAAAUACGGGCAGAUUCUGCUCAAUGAAGCAGUGACAGGAUUUGUCCUGCAGGAAUCAACUGAGAAGGACCUUAGAGACAUGGGGCUACCACGGGGUCCAGCACUUUUAAUAAAACGUAUGUACAACAGAUUGAAUAACAGUUCCUCUGAAAAUAACAAUCAGGAUUCUGGACAAUUAGAUCACACAAAACUCUCCAAAAAAGAACACCAAAAAAAGCCACAACAGACAAAAAAGGAAGGGGGAUAUUCAGAGUCAUCCAAUAUCGAUCAUGAUCUCAGAGAGCCCAGCAACACCAAAGAACAAAAUUUGGUUCCUACAGAAGAAAGUACAUUAAAUGAAGUAGCAACCACUAAAAACAAAAAAAACAAACUAAAAACUGAACAGUUGACUUGUAUGCCAUAUCCUUUUGAUCAGUUCCAUGAGAGCAAAAGUUACAUAGAACAUUAUCUUCUUGCACAACCUGAAACAGGGCCACUCAAUCUCAUAGACCCUAUACAUGAGUUCAAAGCCCUCACAAAUAUAGAAACAGCCACAGAAAAGGACAUUAAGAUGAAAUUUAGCAAUGAAGUCUUCCGAUUCGCAUCAGCUUGUAUGAAUUCACGCACCAAUGGCACCAUCCAUUUUGGAGUCAAAGACAAACCCCACGGAGAAAUUGUCGGUGUGAAGGUAACCAGUAAGGAUGCUUUCGUUGACCACUUCAAUCUAAUGAUCAAACAGUAUUUUGAAGACAGUGAUAUCAAUGAAGCCAAGAAGUGCAUUAGGGAGCCAAGGUUUGUGGACGUCCUACUGCAGAACAAUACACCGUCUGACAGAUUUGUCAUUGAAGUAGAUGUGAUUCCAAAACACUCUAUAUGUAAAGAAAAGUAUUUCUACAUUAAGAUGCAAAAUUGUAAAGAUGAAACAUGGAAACAAAACCAAGAUCAUUCACUAUUUGUGAGAGAAGGGGCCAGCUCUAAGGAUAUCUUGGCCAAUGUCAAGCAACGGGAUAUGGAUUUCAAAGCCUUUAUGGAAAAUUUAAAGCCACUAGCAGCAUCUAGAAAAGAGGCUGAAGAAGAAUAUGUGGUGAAGGCAAGUAAGAAGGAGAGUGAAGGACAAAAGCUGGUUAAACUUCUCAUAGGAAACCGAGACUCACUGGAUAAUUCAUACUACAACUGGUACAUUCUUGUAACAAAUAAAUGUCAUCCAAACCAAAUGAAGAACUUAGAUUUUCUAAAGGAAAUUAAAUGGUUUGCUGUGUUGGAGUUUGAUCCUGAAUCUGAGAACAAAGGGCUGGUCAAAGCUUACAAAAGAAGCCGAGUAGCAAACCUUCACUUUCCAAAUCAGUACGUGGAAAAGACGAGUACUGUAAGGGAGAAAAUUUCUAGUCUGAAUCUUUUCGAUCAGCCCAGCUGGAUUUUCUGCAAUGGCAGAUCAGGCUUCAAUGAUGAGAGGUAUAAGCCUCUAGAACCACCUUUAUGGCAGAAAGAAAGAGCUUCUGAAGUCAGGAAACUGAUUUUAUUUCUCACAGAUGAAAAUGUAAUGACAAGAGGGAAAUUUUUGGUAGUGUUUCUAUUACUCUCUCCAGUGGAAAACCCAGGAGAUCCACUCAUUGAAACCUUCAGUGCUUUCUACCAAACUCUAAAUGGAAUGGAAAAUAUACUGUGUAUCUGUGUAAACUCACAGAUUUAUGAACGAUGGAAAAAUCUGCUACAAGCAAGACAGACAAUGGCAGAUGAAUUAGCAAACCACAGUAUCUCCACUUUAAAUUUAGAAUUGAUAAACAAUACUAUCCUUAAACUAAAACCAGUGACUCAGUCACCAAGAAGGGUUUUGCCCUCCAGGGGAUCAUCUUCAGUUAUCCUAGAGAAAAAGGAAGAGGAUAUCUUGACUGCACUGGAAAUUCUCUGUGAAAAUGAGUGUAAAGACACAGACAUUGAGAAAAAUAAAUCUAAAUUCCAAGAAUUCAGGAAAACAAAAGAAGAACACUUUUAUCGAGGUGGCAAAGUAUCCUGGUGGAAUUUCUAUUUUUCUUCUGAAAACUAUUCUUCAGCCUUUGUCAAAAGAGAAGGUUAUGAAAACCUUAAAGAUCUGAUAGAGUGUUGUGCAAAGUCUCCUAAACCAAUAUUUGUAAAAAUCAUCAACCUGUAUCACCAUCCAGGCUGUGGGGGUACAACAUUGGCUAUGAAUGUUCUCUGGGACCUAAAGAAAAACUUCCGAUGUGCCGUGUUGAAAAACAAAGCAACUGGUUUUGCAGAAAUUGGAGAGCAAGUAACCAGUCUGAUUAUGUUUAAGGCAGCCAACCACCAGGAUUACUUCCCUGUGCUUCUACUAGUGGACGAUUUUGAAGAACAAGAAAAUGUCUACAUUCUGCAGAACACCAUCCACUCCAUUUUAGCAGAGAAGGGUUUGUGGUAUGAAAAAACAUUGGUAAUUAUCUUAAACUGCAUGAGAUCCCAGAAUCCCGAUGAAAGUGCAAAAUCAGCAGACAGCAUCGCACUAAAAUACCAACUUUCCCCCAAGGAACAAAGAGCUUUUGAGGACAAACUGGCAGAAAUUGAAGAUCAACACAAGAACUGUGAAAAUUUUUAUUCCUUUAUGAUUGUGAAAGAAAAUUUUGAUAAAAUGUACAUCGAAAAUGUAGUCAAGAAUAUUCUGAAAGGACAGAAUAUUGACAGAAAGGAAGCACAGCUCAUUUCUUUCCUGGCUCUACUCAACUCUUAUGUUACUGAUUCUACAAUAUCUGUGUCACACUGUGAAAUGUUUUUGGGAAUCGCAAACGCUAAUACACCAUGGAAACCUGAAAGCGUGGAAGACAAGAUGGGAACCUAUUCAACACUUCUAAUAAACACAGAAGUUGCAGAAUAUGGAAGAUACACAGGAGUGCGUAUCAUUCACCCUCUGAUUGCCAUUUGCUGUCUAAAGGAACUGGAAAGAAGCUAUCAUUUGGAUAAGUGCAAAAUUGCAUUGAGGAUGUUAAAAGAGAACUUAUUCUAUGUUUCUGGAAUAGGAAAAGACAAAUUUCAACAUGAUGUGCAAACUCUUCUGCUUACAAGACAGCGCAAAGAGUAUGGAGAUGAAACAGACACUUUGUUUUCCCCAUUAAUCGAAGCUUUAAAGAAUGAUGAAGUGGAAAGCGUCUUGAUUAAAGGAAGUAUUCGAUUCCCACAAAAUGCAUUUAUAUGUCAGGCCUUAGCAAGACAUUUCUACAUUAAAGAGAAGAACUUUAAAACUGCUCUGGAUUGGGCAAAUGAGGCCCAAAGGAGAGCACCUAAAAAUUCCUAUAUCUCAGAUACACUUGGUCAGGUCUACAAAAGUAAAAUCAAAUGGUGGUUGGAUGAAAACAAAAAUUGUAAGGAUAUCACCGUUAAUGAUCUAAAACAUUUACUAGAAGCUGCUGAAAAUGCCUCAAGCGCUUUCAAAAAAUCCCAAGAGCAAACUGAUAGGAAAGACUACGAAGGAGAGACCUGGUCAGCACAGAAAUCCCAAAGAAAAUAUGACAUGUAUAAUACUGCUGGUUUCUUGGGUGAAAUAGAAGUCGGUCUUUACACUAUUCAGAUUCUUCAGCUCACUCCCUGUUUCCACAAAGAAAAUGAAUCAUCUAAAAAAGCUAUGGAAGAAUUUUUAUCAGGAAAGGGGAAUAUUCCUACAAAUUCAAAAAAUGAAUAUUAUUUGGCUCUUAGCAAGUUCACAUCCCACUUACAAAAUUUACAAUCAGAUAUGAAAAAGUGCUUUGACUUUUUUGCUGAUUAUAUGGGUCUUCUGAAAACAAGGAAUAUCCAAAAAGAAACAGCGGAAAUCUUAUUAAGCAAGAAAAUCAGUCGCUGUUUCAGUAAAUACGUGGACCAUUUCUGCCAUUUGGGUCCAUUACACAGCAAAGAGACUCUGUUACUCCAAGAGGAACGUUGCAGGAAAAGUCUAGAAGCUUUGAGGGCAGAUCGGUUUUCUGGACUCCUAGAAUAUCUUAAUCCAAAUCACAAAGAGGCUGGAACUAGUAUGGAAAAUAUAGUGAACACAUACAAUAUCUUCUUGCAGCAAAACCCAAAUAAACGGCUGACAAAGGAGAAACAAAACUUCAUUUUGGCCAACAUUAUUCUCAAUUGUCUAAAACCCAACUCCAGGUCCAUUCAACCACUUAGCAGACUUAAAAAACAGCUCCGAGAAGUGCUGCAAGUCGUAGAACAAAGUCAUCAAUAUCCAGACCCUUAUUUCUUGGCCUGUCUCCUGUUCUGGCCAGAAAAUGAUGAGCUAGAUGAAGAUGCCAAACUAAUAGAAAAGUAUGUUUCAUCCUUAAAUAGAUCCUUCAAGAGACACUACAGGACCAUGUGCAGGUCCAAGCAGGCGAGCACACUUUUCUACCUGGGGAAGAGGAAGGGUCUCAACAGUAUAGUUCACAAGGCCGAGAUAGAGAAGUACUUCAGUAAAGUACAAAAUACAAACUCCCUCUGGCAGAGUGGAGAUGUGUGGAAAAAAAAUGAAGUCAAAGACCUCCUACGUCGUCUCAAUGGUCUGGCUGAAGGCAAGACAAUCUUCAUAGAAUAUGGAACAGAUAAAAAAAUAAAAGUACCAGUGACAUCGGUUUAUUCAGGUCCACUCAGAAGUGGUGGGAACAUAGAAAGAGUGUCCUUCUACCUAGGGUUUUCCAUUGAAGGUCCUCUAGCAUAUGAUAUAGAAGUAAUGAAGUAAGGUAAGAAGAUAUAUUAGCUCAAAUAUGUUUAUUUGUAUCUCUCUCUGAUUUGAUUCCCUCUCUAUUUUCAUGGCAUUUUGAUGACAUUAUUGGCUUACCUUUAAUCACAGAUUUUGCUUUUGUCUCCCCAAAUAAAUUAUAAGUCUGCAGGGCAUGAAACAGGUCUACAGAGAGAGCUGGGCACACAGUAGAGUCAAUUAUUCAAUGUUUUAAAUAUGUACUUUCAGACUAACAUAUUUAAUGAAGAAGUUUCAAUUGGUAUCCACUGCAUAUCAUUACUGAUUAUAGAUCAAUAAAAUCUG